GUAUGGAGGGAGCUCAGGAUAUGGAGGGAGCUCAGGAUAUGGAGGGAGCUCUGGGUAUGGAGGAGGUUCAGGAUAUGGAGGCAGCUCAGGCAGGAGAGGUUCCAUCUCUGGAGGAGGAGGAGGAGGAGGAAGCUCAGGUCAUGGAGGAUCCAGUUAUGGCAGUGGUGGAUCCAUCUGUGGGGGAGAAGGAGGCUCAGGGUAUGGAGGGAGCUCUGGACAUGGAGGAGGCUCCGGAUAUGGAGGCAGCUCAGGUAGAAGAGGCUCCAUCUCUGGAGGAGGGAGCUCAGGUCAUGGAGGUUCCAGUUAUGGCAGUGGUGGAGGCAUUGGUGGGGGAGAAGGAGGCUCAGGGUAUGGAGGGAGCUCUGGGUAUGGAGGAGGUUCAGGAUAUGGAGGCAGCUCAGGCAGGAGAGGUUCCAUCUCUGGAGGAGGAGGAGGAGGAGGAAGCUCAGGUCAUGGAGGAUCCAGUUAUGGCAGUGGUGGAUCCAUCUGUGGGGGAGAAGGUGGUUCAGGGUAUGGAGGGAGCUCUGGAUAUGGAGGGAGCUCAGGGUAUGGAGGGAGCUCAGGCAGGAGAGGGUCCAUCUCUGGAGGAGGAGGAAGCUCAGGUCAUGGAGGUUCCAGUUAUGGCAGUGGUGGAGGCAUUGGUGGGGGAGAAGGAGGCUCAGGGUAUGGAGGGAGCUCUGGGUAUGGAGGAGGUUCAGGAUAUGGAGGCAGCUCAGGCAGGAGAGGGUCCAUCUCUGGAGGAGGAGGAAGCUCAGGUCAUGUAG